AGCAAGUCCGAAAGGAGAGUGGCCCCGACUCCGGCUUUCUGCUUCCAAAUUUGAUUCCGUACGGGUUGAGAUGCCCUCAAACUGGGAGCACUGAGUUUUCUACACGGUGGAAGUAAAUCUUUUAAAAGCAAUUUGGGAAGCAUCUUAACGUCCGAGGCUACAGCAACACACGAGAAGGAUGGGGAAUAGGAAGAAGAGGAGCAGGAGCCGGUGGCGGCAAGUACUCUUUCCCUUCCUGCUGCCUUUGUUCUGUGGGGCGCUCUCGCAGCAGAUCCGCUACUCUAUUCCGGAAGAAAUGGCCAGGGGCUCGGUGGUGGGGAACCUCGCUAAUGACCUGGGCCUGCAUGUUCGGGAUUUAUUGACCCGCAACCUCAGAAUUAGUGCGGAAAAACAGUAUUUUUCUGUGGACACAGAGAAUGGGAACAUACUUGUGAACGACAGGAUAGAUCGGGAGUCGCUCUGCCCCCAAAACUCUCUGUGUGUUGUGCCUAUAGAGAUUGUAACAGAGAAUCCUCUAAAUGUUUUCCACAUAAAUGUGAUGAUAGAAGAUAUAAAUGAUAAUCCACCUCUUUUCCCCCAAAAUAGCAUGAUUUUACAAAUCAAUGAACUUGCAGUUCCAGGCACUCGGUUUGGUCUGGAAUCUGCUAUGGAUGCAGAUGUAGGGCCUCACUCUCUCCAGAGUUACCAACUCAGCUUUAAUGAGCAUUUCUCUCUGCUGGUGAAGGACAAGAGUGAAGGCAAGAACGCCCCAGAAUUAGUGUUGGAGAAGCCCCUGGACCGGGAACGACAGAGUUCCCAUCUUCUGGUCCUGACAGCAGUGGACGGGGGAGACCCGGUCCUAUCUGGAAGCGCUUGUAUUCAAAUCGAGGUCACUGAUGCCAAUGAUAACCCCCCGGUGUUCAGCCAGGAUGUGUACAAAGUCAGCCUCAGAGAGAAUGUGCCCCCAGGCACCUCUGUGCUAAAGGUAACAGCCACUGACCAGGAUGAGGGUGUUAAUGCAGAGAUCACCUACUCCUUCAAAUCGCUAAGAGAUGAUAUUGGAAAUACGUUUAUGCUAGACCAUCAAAAUGGAGAAAUCAAAUCCAAAGACCAUAUAGACUUUGAAAUCACUAGCAGUUAUAUUAUGAACAUAGAAGCCAAGGACGGUGGAGGCAUGGCCACUGAAUGUAAAAUUAUGCUAGAAAUUCUAGAUGAGAAUGACAACGCCCCAGACAUAGUUCUUACUUCAGUGUCCAGUUCUGUAACUGAGGGCGCAGAACCUGGGACGGUGAUCGCUUUGUUCAAAACACAUGAUAAAGAUUCGGGAGAAAAUGGAGAGGUCACAUGCCACAUAAAAGAAAAAGUUCCUUUUAGAAUUGAAUCUUCCGCCAAUAAUUACUACAAGCUUGUAACAGAUGGGGCGCUGGAUCGGGAGCAGACCCCGGAGUACAAUGUCACCAUUACCGCCACCGACAGAGGCAAGCCACCUCUCUCCUCCAACAGAAGCGUUACUCUAUACAUUGCUGACAUCAAUGACAACGCUCCAGUUUUCCACCAGGCGUCCUACUUGGUUCACGUAGCCGAGAACAACCCACCUGGACCUGGAGCCUCCAUCGCUCGAGUCAGUGCCUCCGACCCGGACUUGGGUCCCAACGGCAGCGUCUCUUACGCAAUCGUGGCCAGUGACCUGGAGCCGCGGGUGCUGUCGUCCUACGUGUCCGUGAGCGCACAGAGCGGGGUGGUGUUCGCGCAGCGCGCCUUCGACCACGAGCAGCUGCGCGCCUUCGAGCUGACGCUGCAGGCCCGCGACCAGGGCUCGCCCGCGCUCAGCGCCAACGUGAGCCUGCGCGUGUUGGUGGGCGACCGCAACGACAACGCGCCGCGGGUGCUGUACCCGGCGCUGGGGCCCGACGGCUCGGCGCUCUUCGACACGGUGCCGCGCGCGGCGGAGCCCGGCUACCUGGUCACCAAGGUGGUGGCAGUGGACGCAGACUCGGGACACAACGCCUGGCUGUCCUACCACGUGCUGCAAGCCAGCGAGCCCGGGCUCUUCAGCCUGGGACUACGCACUGGCGAGGUGCGUACGGUGCGUGCCUUGGGGGACAGGGACGCGGCCCGACAGCUCCUGCUGGUCGCUGUGCGCGACGGUGGACAGCCACCUCUCUCGGCCACCGCCACGCUGCACCUGGUCUUUGCGGACAGCAUGCAAGAGGCACUGCCAGAACUUAGCGAUCGCCCUGUGUCCUCUGACCCUCAGGCGGAGCUGCAGUUUUACCUGGUGGUUGCCUUGGCCUUGAUCUCGGUGCUCUUCUUCCUGGCAGUGACUCUAGCCAUCGCCCUGCGCCUGUGUCACUCCUCCAGCCCAGUAGCCUGGGGCUGCUUUCAGCCUGGGCUCUGUUCUAAGACUAGACCAGGGUUUUCUCCCAACUACAAUGAAGGAACUUUGCCUUAUUCCUACAAUCUGUACGUUGCCUCUGAUUCUGGAAAAACAAGGUUUAAUUUUCUCACUGUGACGCCAGACAGGGUCCCCCCACAAGAUCUUUCAAAUGAAGCUUCUUUGGUAGUAAGUGUCACUGAAAUGACAAUGAUUCCUGCUCUAGGGCACCGGGACUGCAAAAGGCUGGUUGUGCUGGGAGUCCUCCUGGGGAUCCAGUGGGAAACCGGAUGCACCCAAAUAAGCUACUCCAUUCCUGAGGAGCUGGGGAAAGGCUCUUUCGUGGGCAACAUCUCCAAGGACCUGGGGCUGGAGCCCCCGGAGCUGGCAGAACGCGGAGUCCGCAUCGUCUCCAGAGGUAGGACUCAACUCUUCGCGCUGAACCCGCGAAGCGGCACCUUAGUCACGGCGGGCAGGAUAGACCGGGAGGAGCUCUGUAUAGGGGCCAUCAAGUGUCAGUUAAAUCUAGAGAUUCUGAUGGAGGAUAAAGUAAAAAUAUAUGGAGUGGAAGUGGAAGUGAGAGACAUUAACGAUAACGCCCCCUACUUCCGUGAAAGUGAAUUAGAAAUAAAAAUGAGUGAAAACGCAGCCACUGGGAUGCGGUUCCCCCUUCCCCACGCUUGGGAUGCGGAUAUCGGGAAGAACUCUCUCCAGAGCUACAAGCUCAGCCCGAACACUCACUUCUCCCUGGAAGUGCAAACCGGAGCGGACGGGAUCAAGUACCCGGAGCUGGUGCUGGAGCGCGCCCUGGACCGCGAAGAAAAGGCCGUUCACUACCUGGCCCUCACGGCCUCCGACCGGGGCGACCCGGUCCGCACCGGCACCGCGCGCAUCCGCGUCACGGUCGUUGAUGUGAAUGACAACGCCCCAGCGUUUGCUCGGUCCGAGUACCACGUGAGCGUUCCGGAGAACGUGGCCGUGGGCACUCAGCUGCUCCUGGUAAACGCCACGGACCCUGACGAAGGAGCCAAUGCCGAAGUAAUGUAUUCCUUCCGGUAUGUGGACGACAAGGCGGCCCAAGUUUUCAAGCUAGAUGGCAAUGUAGGGACAAUCUCAACAAUAGGGGAGCUAAACCACGAGGAAUCAGGAUUCUACGAGAUGGAAGUGCAAGCAAUGGAUAACGCAGGAUAUUCUGCUCGAGCCAAAGUCCUGAUCACAGUUCUGGACGUCAAUGACAACGCCCCUGAAGUAGUCCUCACCUCUCUCACCAGCUCUGUUCCCGAAAACUCUCCCAGAGGUACAUUAAUUGCCCUUUUAAAUGUAAAUGACCAAGACUCUGGGGAAAAUGGACAGGUGAUCUGUUUCAUCCAGAAGAAUCUACCCUUUAAAUUAGAAAAAUCUUACGGAAAUUACUAUAGCUUAGUCACAGACACAGUUUUAGACCGGGAACAGUUUCCUAGCUACAACAUCACCGUGACCGCCACUGACAGGGGAAGUCCGCCCCUUUCCACAGAAACUCACAUCUCGUUGAACGUGGCAGACACCAACGACAACCCGCCCAUCUUCCCUCAGGCCUCCUACUCAGCCUAUAUCCCAGAGAACAACCCUAGAGGAGCCUCCCUAGUCUCGGUGACCGCCGGCGACCCCGACUGUGAUGAGAACGCCCAAGUCACUUAUUCCUUGGUCGAGAACACCGUCCAGGGGGCACCCGUGUCCUCCUAUGUCUCCAUCAACUCGGACACGGGUGUCCUGUAUGCGUUGCAUUCCUUCGAUUAUGAGCAGUUCCAAGACCUGCAGCUGCAAGUGAUGGCGCGUGACAGUGGAGUCCCGCCACUCAGCAGCAACGUGUCGCUGAGCCUGUUCGUGCUGGACCAGAAUGACAACGUGCCUGAGAUCCUGUACCCCACUCCCCCCACAGAUGGUUCUACAGGCGUGGAGCUGGCGCCCCGCUCCGCAGAGCCCGGCUACCUGGUGACCAAGGUGGUGGCAGUAGACAAAGACUCAGGCCAGAACGCCUGGCUGUCCUACCGCCUGCUCAAGGCCAGCGAGCCUGGGCUCUUCGUGGUGGGGCUGCACACGGGCGAGGUGCGCACGGCGCGGGCCCUACUGGACAGAGACGCACUCAAACAGAGCCUCGUGGUGGCCGUCCAGGACCACGGCCAACCCCCUCUCUCGGCCACCGUCACUCUCACUGUGGCCGUGGCCGACAGCAUCCCUGACGUCCUCGCGGAUCUUGGCAGUCUCGAGUCUCCCGCCAACAGCAAAACCUCAAACCUUACGCUCUAUCUCGUGGUAGCGGUGGCCGCCGUCUCCUGCGUCUUCCUUGCCUUUGUCAUCGUGCUGUUGGCGCUCAGAUUGCGGCGCUGGCACUCGUCGCAUCUGUUCCAGGAUGCUGGAGAAGGAUUGGCGGGCAUGUCCGCCUCGCACUUUGUGGGUGUGGAUGGGGUGCGGGCUUUCCUGCAGACCUAUUCCCACGAGGUCUCCCUCACCGCAGACUCGAGGAAGAGUCACCUAAUCUUCCCUCAGCCCAACUACGCGGACACUCUCAUCAGCCAGGAGAGCUGUGAGAAAAGCGAGCCUCUUUUGCUGUCAGGUGAUUCGGGAUUUUCUAAGGAUAAUCAUGCAUUAAUUCAGCAAGCCCCACCCAACACGGACUGGCGUUUCUCUCAGGCCCAGAGACCCGGCACCAGCGGCUCCCAAAAUGGCGAUGAAACUGGCACCUGGCCCAACAACCAAUUCGACACAGAGAUGCUGCAAGCCAUGAUCUUGGCCUCCGCCAGUGAAGCUGCUGACGGGAGCUCCACCCUGGGAGGCGGUGCCGGCACCAUGGGCUUGAGUGCCCGCUAUGGACCCCAGUUCACUCUGCAGCAUGUGCCCGACUAUCGCCAGAAUGUCUACAUCCCUGGCAGUAAUGCCACACUGACCAACGCAGCUGGCAAGCGGGAUGGCAAAGCCCCAGCAAGUGGCAAUGGCAAUAAGAAGAAGUCUGGCAAGAAGGAGAAAAAGUAAUGUGGAGGCCAAGCCUAGAGCCACAGGGCAGCCUCCCUCCCCAACCAGUCCAGCUUCUCCUUACCUGUACCUAGGCCUCAGAAUUUCAGGGCUCACCCCCAGGAUACUGGUAGGGGCCAAGGCCAUGCCCCCCUUGGGAAACAGAAACAAGUGCCCAGUCAACACCCCCCCUGUCUGCCCCCAGGGGGUUGAAUAUGCAAAGGGAGUUCUGCUGGGAACCCCCGUCCAAUCAAUUGCUGUACCCAUGGGGAUAGUAGGGUCAGUGUAGACACCAAGAACCAUUUGUCACACCCCCUUCAGUUACAGCUGAACUUCUUCAUCUUCUAAAUCAAUCAGGCCCAUCCAUCCCCUGCCACCCUCUUCCCUAUCCCACCCACUUCUUCAGUAGAUCCUCUCUCUUUAGUAAGGUGGUUGGGGUGUCGAGGUACCUAAAAAGGUCAUAGUUCUGAAGAGUUGGAAGGGCAUCUUGACCUCUUGGCCUCUCCUUCAAUUCUCAAUCUUCCCCCAAAGCAUGGUUUGGUGUCAGUCCCUUCACCUCCUUCCAGAGCCUGAGACCAAUGCUCAAGUUUUGAGGGACAUGGUCACCAUUCCCAUGCUACUGAUGUUUGCUGGCUUUAGGGAGGGCAUUUUGCUACCAAGCCUCUUCCCAACACCCUGGGGACCGGUCUUUUGUUUUGUUUUUUCAUCGUUGGAUGUUCUGAUUGCAUGCUGUGACUUACCUAACCCCUUCUCAAAAAGAGACUCCAUUGCAUGUUCCAGGACAGUAUGGGGUAGUGAGAUAAAGAAGGGAAGUGUAUGUAUGUGGAUGGGGGAGAUGACCAAAGCUUGACCUUCAGUUAACAGGGUCUUGCAGGAGGCUCUGUACGUCCCCGUGGUACUGACCAGAUCCCCAAAUUCCAGCCAUAAACCAAGCACCAGGCUGGACCCUCCACCCUCCACAUAUAGGGCUCAGCCUAGGCAGCCAGCUUUGGGCUGAGCUACCAGGACCAAUGGAUUUAAACUGGCAUUUCAGCCCAAGGAAGCUCUGAGUGGGUUUAGAACCAGGUCCCCCAGAGAGGUCAGAGGGGCUUCUGUGGGUGGUGGGUACUCCAGAGGUAACAGUGGUGGAAGGGUCAGUGGAGCCCCAGCAGGAGGGAGGGCCAGCUAGGCCAUUCUUGGUCCCUGGGAACAGGGACCAGAGUGACAGAAAGUCUCAGCCCAGGAUGAAGCUUCUUCACAGGGCUUCUGCACGCCUCAAGCUUUGGUCCUUCACCUUGCCAGGUGCCAUUUCUUCUCUGUGAAGGCCACUGCCCAGGCCCCCAGUGCGCCCCCUAGUGGCAAGAGCCUGGUUAAAGUCCCCCAGUGCCUCCUUGUGCAUAGAACUUCCAUUGCUCUUCCCUAGCUGCCCCCGGGCUCCCGUUCAUCCAGCGGGGCUUCGAGAGAACCCCACCCCAGUCCCUACAGUAGUGUAGAGCCCCCUCCCUCUUACGGCCGGUGUAGAAUAGCCAAUAGUGUAGUGCGGUGUGCUUUUACGUGAUGGCGAGUGGGCAGCGGGCGGCGGGCUCCGCGCAGCCCUCUGUCCUUGAAUCUGCCUGCGGCGGCCCGUGCUGUGUUUUGUGCUGUGUCCAUGCGCUGCGGCGACCCCCUCCCCCGUACUGACUCCUAUAAGCGCUUCUCCGCGUAGUCACGUAGCUCCCACCCCCUUCCUGUGUCUCACGCAAGUUUUAUACUCUAAUAUUUAUAUGGCUUUUUUUCUUCAAAAUAAAUAAACGAAAAGGUUUCUUCUGAAA